AUGGAUGCCGCUCACAUUUUCCGGCAGGGUCUGGGCACCGUUGCUCCCCGUCCGAACCACGUCUACGCUCAGCCGCGGAACCUGCGCAAAACGAGAUGCGACCCUACGCUGCCUCGCUGCCUCCCCUGCGAGAGAUCGGGUUCCGUAUGCGAAUAUCUCGACGCCGCCAAGGGCCGCAAGAUCAACCGCCGCUAUGUCAUCACACUUCAGGACAAAGUUCGAGCCCUCGAGGCUGAGCUGAGCCAGUACACUGAUGAGGAUGGCGACCAUCCUCCAACAAGCGAGGAACUGGUCCGUCCGGGAGGCAUGAUUCGUCUCAACGGCAAUGACGAAACGCCGCGAUAUUUAGGACCGACGAGCGGCAUCGCCAUGACACGGCUUCUCAUGGCCGAGGCUAAGCGCUUCACCGAUACCAACAAGAUUUCCGACCUCAUCCCCGAGGUUCGUGCCAGGAGCCAGGCUCGCAUGCAGUCUAUCCAAAUGACAGCAUCGGGGAGCAAUAGAAAGAAGAGUUAUCCGAUGGUCAGCGAAUGCCCGGCCGAGGGUCUUCCUACGCGGCCGGUGGCCGAUAGGCUGGUGGAAAUUUACUUCAAGAAAGCUCAAGUUCACUGGCCUGUGCUUCACGAAAAGGUCUUCCAGGCAGACGUUGACGCUGUCUACAACGGCGAUAACGAUGUCUACAGAAACUUCGUUAUUCGCAUGGUCAUCGCCGUCAGCUUGCAGAAACUGGACACGCAGUAUGCCGGAUUGGCCGACGGUUACUACAUGGCGGCAAUGAAAUACGUUGAAGAAGUCAUCCGUCCCAAAGACCUCAAGACGCUCCAGUGCCUCAUUCUCAUCGGCCAAUACUCGCUGCUCACGCCGACGCGAACGCCGGUGUACUAUGUCAUUGGACUCGCCACCAGAAUAUGUCAGCAAGAGGGACUGACGGAUGAGAAGACCAUCACAUCGGGCUACAACUUGGAUCCUCAGAUCAUCGACAUGCGCCGAAGACUUGUGUGGAUCAUCACGACUAUGGAGUUUGGGCUUUCCUACUACAUGGGCCGGCCCAGUGCAUUUGCCGUCAACAGCGACCGUUUGAACGUAGAGUUCUUUUCCGUGGUCGACGAUGCAAAUAUCACGCCCCAGGGCAUUGUACCUGGCCCUCCCAACCCUCGAAAGGUUGCAACCAUUCACUUUUACAAGAUGACGAACCCUCAGGCGGAGAUCAAGAGGACUCUCUACGAACGGAAGAGGCCGGAGCCCAGGACCGACGACCAUCCUUGGUUUCAGAAUAUGGAAAAGACUUUGAGGGACUGGUUGGAUUCGGCACCAGAAGAGCCCGUAUGGGCCAAGUCUUGGCUCACCGGUUUCUAUCAUCAAAUGAGGGCUCUGCUUUACAGGCCUUCCCCUCAAAUCCCACAACCGUCGGCUCGUGCAGCUCAAAUCUGCUACGAGUCCUCGGCCGCCACGAUUGAUCUGUCAUCGAAGCAAAUAGGGAGCGACACUGUGGAUCUAUCUUGGGUGUUCCUCCUGACAUUGAACUUGGCUCUGAGCACACUUCUGUGGACAAUAUCAUAUCCCGAAGUACGGCGCAACCACCCACGGGAAGAAGUCGAGGAGCUGGUGAAUACAGCGUUAGAAUCUCUGGACCGAUGUGCAGAGCGUUGGCCCGGGACUGCGGCCACAUCACAGCUGUACACCAUCUUUGCCAAAGCUUGCAUGCAGAGCUACGAUGUACAAGUGAAACUCGAAAAGGAACCAUUCUCCUUCAGCAGCCCGCCUGCGACAGCCGAUUCUCAGUCCUCGCCAGAUAGCUACGCUCAGUCAAACGCCACCACGCCCCGGCCUCUCACCUACCUCAACCCUCCAACUUUUGGAUACGUUUUCGAUUCGUCCCCCGAGUCUAUGAAUAACUACGCCUUCGAUCCCAACUACCCUCCUCCCCAGCCCACGUUCCGUUCAAACUCCAUCUUUUGCAACCCGGCCACGGACAAUGGCAACCGACGAUUCUCCUACUUUCCCCCUGAUGUCACCCACAUGGGAGAGGCUGGCCAAGAUGAUCCCUCUGCUCACGGAGUCCCUGUGCCGGACCACAUACCCCAUCACCUGCAGUCACAACCCGAAUCGUUCAUCCAGUCCCACAUGCCCACACCUCGACCUACGUUGUCUCCGUCGGCAAUGGCGAUGAAGCAAACGGCGAGCGUUACACCAAUCAAUCCCUCGCCCCUUUCGGCUCAGAGCAACAUGUCACCGCCUCAGAAGCCCAUGAUUGCACCACAGGUUACGCAGCCACAGCCCACAUACGCAACCGCCCGAAUGGCACAGCCCGUCCAUCACCAACGACCGCUACCGCCAGCACCUACGUCUGUAUCUGACUGGUUCUCCCCUCCCUCUCAGUUCAUGUCGCCGUACAACUUUGUCACGUCUAGCAGCGGCUACUUCAACGAGGCCAUGGCCGGCAUGAACGGAUUCGGAGGCGCGCCGGGCCCGGGCCUGGGUCUUCACAACAUCACCGCGCAGCUCGAAGCCGGCGGCAUGCAGUUUGGCUAUUCGCCCGCUCGACAGGGCAGCCUGUCUCAGUCGCAGCAGAUGGAGCUCAUGGAGGAUUUGGAGAAGGACGGCGUUAGCGCCAUGGAUGCGUACCUGCAGGACAAUCCGAUGAAUGGCAGGGGGUGGUACUAA